UAAAUAACCACCAAGCCAACUGCACUACAACUCAAAAGACCUAAGAGUUAAAAGGCGCAAAAUCCUGUCUCAAGGCGAAAGUAGUGGAGAAUAGAAAAGAAAAGAUGAGCGUAGAAGUGUUGGAUAGAUCCACCAUUGUCAACUUUGUGGAGGACAAAGAGGCCUUCGAAGGCUCGGUUCAUGACCGGUUUUCUCGUCUGGACACAAACCAUGAUGGUCUACUAUCAUAUGCAGAGAUGGAGAAGGAGCUUCAGAGUCUGAGGAUCUUCGAGACCCACUUCGGAGUUGACGUGAAGACCGACCCUGAUGAGCUAGCUUUUGCCUACCGUGCCCUGUUCGGCCAGUUUGAUCAUGACUCGAGCGGAGCGGUGGACUUGGAGGAAUUCAAGGCAGAGACCAAGCAGAUGAUGCUGGCCAUGGCCAACGGAUUGGGGUUCUUGCCCGUCCAAAUGGCACUGGAGGAGGACAGCUUUCUAAAGAAAGCUGUGGAUUGGGAGUUCUCUAAAAUCUCUGCCUAAUUCUUCUUCUUCUUGAAGUGUUAUUCUUCCUCGUUCACUCCUGUGAGUGUUAGAUAUUUAUCUUCUACUUUUAUUGGUGUUGCUUAAGAGAAUUAACAAACUGGGGAUCGAACACAGAUGACAAAAUGAACGUAUGAGAGAGUUCCUUCUGAAUUACAGAAGAAUUUUGUAUUUCUGGUGGAGGCUAUUACUGGUUUAAAAAAUAGUUAAAAUUAUUUUUCUCCAUAUAUCUUGUGACAAAAACAGAGCAAGAAUGUCUUUCUCCCACAAUUAAUGUAGCAACAGAGUAAGAAAGGGUUUUGGAAAAUAGAAGAACAUUAAGAUCAUGACCAUGGGGCAUUCUAAUAAUCUAGUUUUUAGGGUGUCCAUUGAUGUAAAAUUGUAAACCGAACCAAUUUACAACUACAAAUGAAAUAGCUACUUUCCAUGAUCGAUAUCCACAAUGCAUCCAGGGUCUUUCUAAGCAUUUUCAUAUAGCCAUAUAAGAUGUUAUGCGUAAAGGGGCGUUCUUUUUCUU